GAGAAACCUGAAAAUGUGUGGAUUGUGUGGCGGGUUGUUGAAUUUGUGAGGUACUUCCACUUAUUAAUUGUGUGGAAAUAUUCGAAGAAUAUUAAUUGGGAGUUAUUAUAAGUCCUCUAGUCAUCCCAAUUCGUUGUGCUCAUUGAAAAAACUAAGAAGACAUGGGCAACGUGCACGCUUAUUCUGCUACCCCACCUCCACCACCACCUCCAGGAAUGAGUUUCCCUAAAGGAAAAGAUUGCCCUUCACCCGUAGGUACAGUCCCCGAAGAAGUAAUUGAAAAUCCUGGACCUCUAGAAGAAAUUCACACAAGAUGUAAAAAUGUAUUCCCUACUUGCUUUGAGGGUGCAAGAGUCAUGUUAACAAGGGGUCUCAGUAACCAUUUCCAGAUAUCACAUACAAUAAAUAUGAGUUCAGUCACUCCAAGUGGUUACAGGUUUGGUGCAACCUAUGUAGGAACUAAACAAAUUUCACCUAGUGAAGCUUAUCCAAUCCUGUUGGGAGAUGUUGAUCCAUCUGGAAAUCUAAAUGCCACAAUUAUACAUCAGCUGCAUCCCAAAAUUCAAGCCAAAUUUGGAGCACAGGUUCAAAACUCAAAGUUUCAAGUGGGACAGUUGACACUAAAUUACAAGGGCAGUGAUUAUACUGCCAGUUGUACAGUAGCAAAUCCUGAUGUUCUCAAUGGUUCUGGAGUUGUUGUACUUCAUUAUUUACAAGCAGUGACUGCUAGAUUGGCUUUAGGCUCAGAACUGGCAUAUCAAAAAGGUUCAGGCAUUCCUGGGGGAGAGGUUGCCUUACUUAGUGCUGCAGCAAAAUACACAACUGAAAAUGUACAAGUUUCUGGGACUGUUGGUGUCUCUGGAAUUCAUCUAUGCUAUUAUCAAAGAGCUAGCAAACAACUACAGAUUGGAGUUGAAUUAGAAGCAAAUCAUCGGAUGCAAGAAGCUGUUGCCUCAAUAGGUUAUCAAGUAGAUCUCACUAAAAGUGAGGUAGUGUUCAAAGGUCAUGUGGAUUCAAAUUGGUCUGUGGGAGCAGUGUUAGAGAAAAAACUGAGUCCUCUACCUUUUACACUUGCAAUAAGUGGGUUGAUGAACCACAACAAAAAUCAAUUCAGGCUUGGCGUGGGAAUACUUAUCGGUUAAAAUACACAGAAAUACAUUAAACUGAAAUUCACUGUCGGACUCAUCCAUCAUUAAAGUUAUUACAAAACAGUUCACACGAAUUUUUUCAGUAUUUUUUUUACACCACACAAACUUUCAUUUGUUGUGAUUUGAAAAAAAUCUCUCCUUGGAAGUGUUCAUGUAAUAGCUUUACAAUAUCCCUUUGUUGAACGAUCUUGAACAUAAUCAACAUCAUGCACUUGUUUGUUUUUAUUUGAGUGUGAAAGUUUAUUUUAAAAUCUGGAAUUGUUGAUUGUACGGAUCACAACUUUUUUGUUACUCUUUUUUUUACAGAGUAGAAUAUUGUAAAUUAGUAGGAAAAAUAUAUUGUU